UUUACGUAUGACAGACAAGCAUGGUGGAAGACCACAGAAGGCACAAUGGCCCUACACGUACUGCAUUCUUUUAAGAGGUUAAACUUGACUUCUUUUAACGAGCGUUUUGUAAACGUUCUUAUGAUCCAGACCUGUGGCUAUGCUAAGAAAGCAGCAACCAAAGGGAAAGGCAAAGGAAUGGUAAAAGAAGCUCUUAAGGGCCCAGACGUCUGUAAGGACACAGUCAGACUGUGCACAAAUGCAGUUGGAGUCAACAUCUUCAAACAGGGCGAGGACCCUUCACUUAAACCCAAGGAGGAGUAUCCAGAAUGGUUGUUUCAGCUGGAUCUCGGUCCACCUAGAAAACUCAACGAACUGGAUCCGGACAGUUGGGAAUACUGGAAGCUUUUAAGAAAGGAGCAUAUUUGGAGACAUAAUAAACUGCAUAAAGGCAAAAAGAUGUAGGGUGUGAGGACUUUUUUUGCCUGCAGGUUCAGCGGACAUUAUGUGGGCCGCAGAUCAUAAUGUGUUUGUCGGCUGACAAACACUACAAAUACAGAAGAGACUAAAGUAGAGAAGUCCAGCAACUUUGCCAGAUUACCACACAUCUCAGUUUUGAGCCUUUUUUAUUUAGUCUGUGCUCCUGUACCUAAGGAUCAAUGGUUAUGUAUUUUGAUACGGUGUUUACUUUAAAGUUAAUUCUGUUGAGCAAUAUCAAUUACAUUGUGUGUUUGUCUCACUCACUUCACAUAAAAAAAUAAAAUUCUUAUGCCAUUAUCAGUUAUAUC